UCAGUAUCUGAACAUUUUGAAUUGAAAAAUAACCUUUCAAAACCCAAACAGUUACUCAUCAGAUCAUUUUUCAUCACCUUUCCUGACAGAAUCAAAGAUGCAAGAGAAGAAAUCAGACGUUGCUCGCAGAGCAUGGAACAUCCUACGUCUAGCCUUGUUAUGGGCAAAAAAAGGUGGUGUGUUAAAGAGAAGACUCAUGAUGGACCUCACCAAGCACCUCAAAAACCUCCGCCACAGUACUCAACGUGGUGCUCUACAUUACGGAGAGCGCGAGCUCUCCUUCGAUGACACUCCUGUUAUCCACGUCAAGAUGCAUCGUCCCACGUCACUGAGAUUCAAGUUGCCUCACAUUCCAUGCAUAAACCCCCAAGUUGAUUUUGACUAUGAUUUUGAGUACAGUGACGAUAAUGAGGAUAGAAUUUCUUAUGGUGAUUUGGCAAGGAAGAGCUUUCUAAAAGGGGUAGAUGAUGAAGAUGACUACCAAUGUGAGGCUUGUCAUGAGGUGAUUCCUUGCGAGGAUGAAGGGAUUGAUCUCAAGGCCGAGGAGUUCAUAGCCAAGUUCUACCACCAAAUGAAGCUGCAGAGACAGAAAUCAUAUCUUCAGUACAAUUGAGAUGCUCAAUAGAUGAGGUGCAAGUUGAUCCAAAAGGCUUUCAGGAAUCGGUUCUCUUCCUUAAUUUUCUUCUAUUUUGGGGUCCCUUUUUUGUUUCAUAAAUAUACUUCUUUGUAAAAGAGGCAUUGCGGCAUUUUGUAAAUACCGGAGGCUUCCACUGAGUGGUUACAAUUUCAGAAUAAGAACUUGAGUUUCUUUCAUACAUGAUCCUCAAGUGAAUUUUUAACCAGGGAAUAAAAAAACACAGUAAUGAAAUAAUACGAAGUGG